AUGAAGAAGAGCAAGCAUGAGGAUAAUGGCAGAGCUGCAGCGCUGCGCCUUGGAAAAGUUUGGUUCCUUUGCCCCACUGUCGCCCUUUCGAUCCAGCAGAAAGAAGCUAUCGCUUCUCACAUCCCGGCGGUGAAUACCAAACUGUUAAUCGGAGACGACGGCGUCGAUAGUUGGAGUGAGCAGCGGAUUUGGGACGACACCCUUCGUGACGUGCGGAUUGUUGUCUCCACGCACGCCGUGCUAGCGGACGCCCUCGCCCACAGGUUUGUGGUGAUGGCAAAGUUGGCCCUCAUUGUGUUUGAUGAAGGACCUGGUACAGAGGAUGUUCUCCAGCAAUUCCGACAGGGCCAGACGAAUCUUAUCGUUGCAACAGAUGUUCUGGAGGAAGGCAUCGACAUGACGGCUUGCCAUCUCGUUGUGUGUUUCGAUCAACCGAACAAUCUCAAAUCUUUCAUCCAAAGACGGGGCCGGGCCCGACAGCAGAAGUCAAAGUUUGUCAUCAUGGUCGCAGAUAACGAUAUAACAAUUGGAAUCGCGCGGUGGCAGGAACUCGAAGGCGAAACGGUGCGGCUGUACAGAGACCACAGGAGGAAGCUAGAGGAGAUCUCCACACUGCAAAAUAUUCCAGAGAACGUUGUUCUCUAA